AUGGGGUUACUCAAACGUGAGAAGGUUAAAGCUAGGACCUUUAACAAAGCAAUUACAGACUCAUUUCAUUUUUUGUUGACACUGUCCCUUGGCUCGUCUCCUCAGAACGUGGACAUCUUGAAGGACGCAGAGACGGUUAAACAGCUGGGCUCCAUUUUGAAGACCAACGUUCGCGCCUGUAAAGCUGUGGGACACCCAUUUGUGAUCCAGCUCGGACGCAUUUACCUCGACAUGCUAAACGUGUACAAGUGCCUGAGCGAAAACAUCUCUGCUGCCAUCCAGACAAACGGGGAGGUGGUAACGAAGCAGCCUCUGAUCCGCAGCAUGAGGACGGUCAAACGAGAAACGCUCAAACUGAUCUCUGGAUGGGUCAGUCGCUCCAAUGACCCUCAGAUGGUUGGGGAAAACUUUGUGCCCCCUCUCCUGGACGCUGUGCUCAUAGACUAUCAGAGGAAUGUCCCUGCGGCGCGAGAGCCCGAGGUCCUCAGCACCAUGGCAACCAUCGUAAACAAACUGGGUGGACACAUCACCUCAGAGAUACCGCAGAUCUUUGACGCUGUGUUCGAGUGCACGCUCAACAUGAUCAACAAGAACUUUGAGGAGUUCCCGGAGCACAGGACUCACUUCUUCUACCUGUUGCAGGCCGUAAACUCUCACUGCUUCCCUGCGUUUCUGGCCAUUCCUCCGGCUCAGUUCAAACUGGUGCUGGACUCCAUCAUCUGGGCCUUUAAACACACCAUGAGGAACGUGGCAGACACUGGUCUUCAGAUCCUCUACACGAUGCUGCAGAAUGUGGCUCAGGAGGAGGCGGCGGCUCAGAGCUUUUAUCAGACGUAUUUCUGUGACAUUCUCCAGCACAUCUUCUCUGUGGUCACUGACACCUCACACACUGCAGGUCUGACGAUGCACGCGUCCAUCCUGGCCUACAUGUUCAACCUGGUGGAGGAAGGAAAGAUCACAACAGCCCUGAACCCAGCCACGCCCUCCAACAACCAGGUCUUCAUCCAGGAGUAUGUGGCCAACCUGCUCAAGACCGCCUUCCCACACCUACAAGAUGCCCAGGUGAAGGUGUUUGUGACCGGUCUCUUCAGUCUAAACCAGGACAUUCCUGCCUUCAAAGAGCACCUCAGAGACUUCCUGGUCCAGAUCAAGGAGUUUGCGGGCGAGGACACGACGGACUUGUUUUUGGAAGAGCGUGAGGCGUCUCUGCGUCAGGCCCAAGAGGAAAAACACAAAAUCCAGAUGUCUGUGCCUGGAAUCCUGAAUCCACAUGAGAUCCCAGAGGAAAUGUGUGACUGAAAACACCCCAAAAUCCACCUUAAACUCACCUCCACCCUCCAACACACCGGCACUACACAGGAGCUCCACACGAGGGCGCUACUGUGCGACCAAAUGCCAAUAACUGUCCUCUGUGGCUCUUUUUAACGCAUUUUUUAUGGGGAAUUUUCUGUAAAUUUUUCCGAAAACCUUCUAAUUUUUUGUGUCUUAGGCUCAUACCAAUUGCAUGAAGUUUAAUUAUUAUUAUUAUUAUUAUUAGGACAAGGUUAACCACGAGAUUCUGUUCCUGUUGUUUAUAUAUAAAUAUAAAUAUGUUAAAUAUAAUAGCAAUGUUUUUGUCAGAAAUAUUGGCUGCGUUGGUGGGGCUUUUGUAGCUGGUUAACGCGGCGCCGAAUGUGAAUUUAAGAAUUGUGAAUGAAGGCUUAAUGCUUCAACACUCUGCACUUGUAAAAUCAGGAACAAAUGCAACUUUGAGAUGUUGGAUUUGGGCCAAUCUUGGGGUAAAGAAUGUCAAUGUAACUAGUAGAAAUUGUGCAAAACUUGAAGACAAUUUAGAUUUUAGUUUUGGGCAAAAAACAAUUGUUUAAAAGAUCCAAAUUGGAGCAGUUUAAAACAAAAAUUCCUUCAGAAUUGACUAAACCAUUGUUGUUUACUCAAUAUUUGGGUAAAUUUGCAAAUGAUAUGAAGAUUAUAUAGUUCCCAGAAACAGCCAAAAUGAAAAUGAUUAGCUCCAAUUGGUCCAGUUAUCACUUUUGCUGCCAAAUGUCUACUAUUACCACAUCUGAAAAAAGGUUGAUAUGGAAAGUGAUAUAUGAAAGUUGCUUGCUGGAAUCAAUAGAAUGUUUUGGGGACGGACCACAUUUCAAAACAAACUAGUUUAAUCCGAGCUGGAUGACAGGUCAGAAUUCUCCAGUGGCAUAAAGUUCAGCAUCUUCUCUGUCAGUAUAAAUAAACAUAAGUGAAAUUAUGUUUAUAAAAUAUAUCUUCAGAACGUGGUGCCAUUAUUCAACCCCAAAGACAUGAUUGUUGUCAACUGAAAGGACUUGAAGUCAUAAGAUUUGGGAGUCAAUCCCAACCAAAUAAUGAGAAGGUUCAACAUUCGUGGAUGAUAAGUUUGGAGAUUUCUGUUAAAAACAGUGAAUCUUCCAUAGUUGGACUGUUAGUUGUGUGAGUUCUGCAGGCUCCACACGCUCAUCUCAAAUGACAAACUCUAGAAAGUGAAUGUAACUUGUGCGUGUGGAUUUGACAUGAUUCACUCCAGCUUUGCCCCAAACCUCCCCUCUCUUGUGUCGUCCUGGUUGUAUACCUGCAGAGGUGUUCUCUUGAGUGCAUAUCGCCCCCUGGAGGCUGUGGAUGAGUGUCGCACGUCGACAUGCUUUUGUUUUCCUCUGAGAGGAGUUUCUUUACGGGACAGUUCGGAGUGGGACGUAUUUAUGGCUGUUUCUUCAUCUUUAUAACGAACUUUGGUUGAACUCACGUGAAAAUGGUUUGGAAAUGUACUAAUUUCAAAAAUGCAAAAAGUGAAUAUCGAAUUGAAUUCAAAUUACUUGGAAUCAAAAUUUUAAUCUUCAUUUCAGCAGAUCUGACCUAUUUUUUUCUUUAUCUUAAAUGAUUUACCGGUACUUAUUUUCAAUAUACCAAUAUAUUUUCAUGUAACUUUUCUCAUGUUGCUUGGCUCCAUGGAGAUGUUAUUGCUUUACCUGGAAGGUUCAGCAGUAUGGCUUUAAACAUAUCUGUGUUGCAUCUCUUCAGUUACAAGUUUAUGCUAAAAACAAACUUGGAAAAAAUGCAUUCUUUGUGGGGUCUCGCCUCUCCACAGAUCUGACCUUGUAACUUGAACGGGUAGCGUCGCCUGCUUGUCUCUAUAGAGAUUGAGAAGUUUAAAGCCAUAGUGUGGAGCAUUCUUUGUAAGAAACAAGCAGGUGGUGUAAGUUUCACUAGAAAAGUUCCAUAGUCUGCCUUUAUAGUGGAGUAAAGAGAAUUGAACAAGACCAAAACCUCGCUGACAAACGACAAAAGUUGCCGAUACAUUUACAGUAUGUAACUUUUUAAGCAAAAGGUAGGUUUAAAAAUGUGUUUUGUUUUUCAAAACACUGAAAAACAAACAUGCUUACUGUGGGCGAACUUGCAUCUCCACAAACCUGACUUUUGUUUGGUCCAGAGCUUGUUUCCAUGGAAAUAAUGCUCAUUUGGCUAUCAUAUUAUACAGUAUUGCUCAGUGAAGAAUGUCCUGAAGUAUGGUUUAAACUUUCUGUUUCCGUGGAGCCACACAGGUGACAUGUCGCGUCCAGAAAGUUGCGUAUUGCAGCUUUAAACUUAAUUUAGACUGAAAAAGUGAAAAGUUCUAAACUAGUCCAAACAACUGAAAUGUAGAUUAUAAUCCUGGUUUCAUGUCAUUUUUGUCUUGUUGGCUGUUCACUUUGAGAUGUUUGUUUACCGCGUGGUUCGGCUCCAGUGACGAACUCUGGUUUACAUUUAAUUUAGCAUUUUUCAUUUGUUUGAGUUCUGUCCAAAUGCAGUUUUUGUUGUUGUUUUCACGGGGAUGAACUAAAGCGUCAAAUUAGAACCUGUAAAUGACCUGGUGUUACUCUGUUGUGAACUUUUUGAACUGAUUAAAGUUGAAUUUUAUAACUG